GUAUCAUGGGACAGAAUAAAAAUAUAAUGGUGCACAUUUUAGGAACAUUAUGACUUCUGCAGAAUGGAGAUGCUCUUGUUAAUCUUUAUGAUAAUUAUUAUAUAUAAAUCAUGUUUAUCUCCAUUUUGCAGAUCAUAUGUUUGCAAAACAUCGCAUUAAGCUCAAGGAGACCCAAAUCGUGUACGAAUGUAACUUAUGUAAAUACGCUACAGAGAGAAAGCGGCGAUUCAAGGAGCAUAUGGACAGUCAUCUUGGUAUUAAAGAACAUGUCUGUGAUGCUUGUGGCAUGGCAUUCAGCUCUGAUCACAAUCUUAAAGGACACAUCAAGUGGAUUCACAAAGAGAAAACUUUGCAAUGCCCCAUAUGUGGCUUAAAAGCAAGUGUUCUAAGUCAUUUGAAAACUCAUAUUCGUGUAAUGCAUGUCCAUAAAGAGGCUCGUCCUUACAAGUGUUUCUAUUGUAAUUUUACAUGUAAAACUGGGGGAAAUUGUCGUAAACACUGCAGAAAUCGGCACAAAGGUAUGGAAAUCAAAUGGGUAAAGACAAUGGACCUUAAAGCUCUUAAUCAAGAAGUUGAUAGGUUAUUGAAUCUAAAUGUUGAUGAAAUGAAUGAUGUAACUGUAAGUGAACAUUUAAAGCCUGUAAGUGAACAUAUUAGGCCUGUAAAUGAACAUAUGAGGCCUGUAAUGAAUGAACAUAUGAAGCCUGUAGUGGAACAUCACUACAUUGAUCCAAUCACGGGAUAUAUUGAUGGAUUGAUGGGAGAAAAACAAAGUAUGCAUAUUUUGUAAUUAGAUUAAUUAUACUAUUUCAUGGUUAUGGGUGGAAUGUCUGAAAUGAUGUCUGAAUUUUGGGGGUAAUUUUAUUUGCAAAAGAUUGUAUACUAUUAUUGGCAUUGAAUAAUUAUACACUUCAUGUAUUCUCAAUUACAAUUGAAAUUUUGAAUGGGACAAAAAAUGAACUAAAAAUUACACAUGUGACAUGAUGAGCUCUUUGUAGCAGCAGGCAUGGGAAAGGUGGAGUUAUUCAGCCAUACUAUUUUUCAUGUACAUCUCAGUUCAUUAUCAUAUUUUGUGCAUAUACUGUAAAAACAAUGCAAAGUCAGAAUAGAUUAAAUUGUCAUUGAGA